GGUGAGUAGAAGCGUUCAGCUAUAUUGAGUCGGUUCCAAAGGGGGACAAUAGCAAGUUCGGAAGAGACGACGUUCAAUCAAUCAAUCGGCGAUGGCAGCCAUCUUCGCUCGCAAAUCUUGGUCCGCUCUUCGCUCGCGUCACCUAGCCUUGGCUGGACAAUCAUGGAAGAAUCAGGAGCAUAUAGGGUUGGACUUCGCUACCAGAUCAUUCUCCGUCAGACAAUCCUUCCCAGUUUCUAGAGCUGAUGAAGAAAGAGAGCAACUUUCAAAAGAGAUGUCAAAGGACUGGAGUGCUGUGUUUGAGCGAAGUAUAAAUACAUUAUUUCUCACUGAAAUGGUUCGAGGACUGAGUUUGACACUCAAGUACUUCUUUGAGCAAAAAGUUACUAUCAAUUACCCAUUUGAAAAGGGCCCUUUAAGCCCUCGUUUCCGUGGAGAACAUGCACUUCGACGUUAUCCUACAGGGGAGGAGCGGUGUAUUGCUUGUAAACUUUGUGAAGCCAUAUGCCCGGCUCAAGCAAUCACAAUUGAGGCUGAGGAACGAGAAGAUGGAAGCCGAAGAACAACCAGGUACGACAUUGAUAUGACCAAGUGCAUCUACUGUGGAUUCUGUCAAGAGGCUUGUCCUGUUGAUGCAAUUGUUGAAGGACCCAACUUUGAGUUUGCGACCGAAACUCAUGAGGAGCUACUGUACGAUAAAGAGAAGUUACUGGAGAAUGGAGACAGAUGGGAAACUGAGAUUGCUGAGAAUCUCAGGUCUGAGAGUCUAUAUCGUUGAUGCGAUUUGAAUAUAUAGACCUGAGGGGAGAAUUUCCAUACUUUUGUUUGUAAGCUGGAGUAAAUAAACAGAUCUGAAAGAUGGUCUGGAAUAUUAUUAUGAUUUUUAUUGGUAUUAUGUUUUUUCAUUGAUGAAUUAAAGCAUCAAGGGAAGCAAUUUAAGUUGAAGAAACAAGUUUCUUAUUUGCUUCCAUUUGAGGUUUGGCGCUUAACAAUUGUUUUCAUUUGUA